CUGAGAUUUAUUCACCACCGACAUAUCCGCCACCAUUAUAUGCCGUCCUCCAAUGCAACCAGCUUGCGUUUACGACUGUCAGAGUGCUUCCAAACCCCUAGUGGGACCAGAUCACAUAUUGCCAACACCCCUGCCAUACGUGAGCGCCGAGGCAAAUAACAACCAAAGAGGAUCCCGUCGCGCUGCCACACAACUCUACUCAGUCGGGAGGGCAUCGUUAGGGGUGCAACUCGUCCUGGAAAGACUCAUGAUAUAUCACCUAUCCACCAGUGCCGCAACUGCCAGCCAGGAGGUGUGCAACCAGAUUUCCCCGGUCCACUAGAGAAGAACUCCGUCGAUACUUCGACAUCGACCGAGCCCCAUCUCCUGGUUGGAAAAAGAAACCUUUGUGUCAGGCGUGACAAUGAAUCUGGAUUCGGCCUCUAGUGCCAGCUCCGGCCCUCCUCCGAACCAGAGAAAGGAGAGAGGCGCAAUCGCCGCACAGGCCUGUGAUACUUGCCGGUCAAGGAAGCAAAAAUGUGACGAACAGCGACCAAAGUGUGGCCUGUGCCAGCGGAUGAAGCUAGAGUGUAGGUACAGGGAACCGCAACCUACGAAGAAAGAUAAGACUCUCGUUGAAAUACUGGACCGCUUGAAGAGCCUGGAAGGCAAAGUUGAUCGGCUACCCACUUUUCGACCACCUGUUAUGUCUGGCUUUGGACCGCCGCAGCCAUCUCCUGCCAGUCAGCCGUCGUUCAGUUAUGAGACUGAUGAACUGUCGCCCUUUCAAACUUCACAUCGACCGUCUCAACAACCGAGUCCCAGCGGGAUUGGGAGGAAUCAACCAUAUCGCCACACUUCUGCAGCUCACAAGUUGCUAACGUGGCCUGCCAUUCAGCAGCUUUUGUUGCAAUCUCUACCGUCGAAUGUGGGAGAUUUAAAGAGCCUUGAGCAGGAAGGAUCAGCAUUUCUGAUUGGAAUCGAGGAAGGAACGCCGGGUUUACCUUUAGAUGAUGCUUUGCAAGAUAGACCUUUUGUUGGCAUGCAGUCGCAAGCAACCAGAACCUCUGGAGGGGCGCGAGUGAUCUUCCCAGCCUUGACCCACGACGUAAUGCAGCGUUUGGCAACCCAUUAUUUUGACACCUUCAACCUUCUCUACCCCUUAUUAGACAGGCAGACUUUCCUCUCAGACACUCUGACAAGAGUACAUACCGAAGGGUUCGAUGGGGAUACAGACUCCGUCAUUGCACUGCUUGUCUUUGCCCUUGGAGAACUCUCAAUAGAAGGGUCCUGCGGUAACCCCAUUGAGAUCCAUAAAGGUCGUCCCAGUGGUAUUAGGGGCGGAACGGCAACAAGGCCCCCGGGUUUGGCGCUCUUCAAUGAGGCAAGGAAACGCAUUGGAUUCGUGCUGACAGAAUGCGAACUCGAAAACGUCCAGAUCUUCUCUUUAGCAGCGCUUUAUUAUCAAUCUUGUUUUCACCACGUCGAUUUCUGGAGAAUGGCCGUGUCAGCGUCUCUGGCCUGUAAAGUAUUAGUCACGUGUAAACCGAUUGACUGGAGUUCUCCGAGAGGAGAUCUUGUUAAGCGCGCUUAUUGGCAUUGCGCAAUGAUGGAGACAGGGCUCUAUCUCGAGCUUGACUUGCCGCCAACUGGUCUCGUAAACAUCGAACAUCGAGUAGGCAUUCCUAAUUUCAACAGCCCCUUCUGUGAAGCAGAUGAUAGAGCGAACCAAUCUUCACAUUUCGAAGCCCAUUACGCUUCUCAGGUUGCCCUUCGACGGCUGUGCGUCAACUUACACCGGACCCUCAACGAUUCAGCGUCUAAUAGUAAUACGCCUUCCUCAUCGACCAAUGACGACUUCGGCGGACCUACAUCGAAAGCCCUGGACCAACUCUCAUUACAAUUUACACAAUGGCGGGCGUUACUUCCGCGGGAUUUGCAGUGGGCCGAAGAUGAUCCUGCUAGCUUUCCAACCCCUCAACCAGCGAAUUUCGGGGUUUUCAACCAACCGCUGGACCCGAACCUGUCGGCCCGCACUGGUCACUCUAGCGUCCCAUUGUUCACUGCAGACUUGAACAGUGAGCCAGUACAUUACCCGUACGUCUAUGAUAUACAAGUGGCUUUACUGAGAACGAGGUAUUACUACGCAAAGUAUAUGGUGUAUCGACCAUAUGUGUACAAAGCUCUGCACUUCCCCGAACUGAUGACCCAGGAGGAUGCGGAAGGAGCCGCGGAAUGUCUACGGUCGUGUCUAAAGUGGCCUUUGGUACUUUCUCCCACCUCUCGUCGUAAGCGACUGGUACCAUACCUCUUCUGCUGGUCACAGACUUUCCUGGGUAUUCUCCUCAUCCUGCAAUUGACGCAACAUAAUCCAAUGUUGAGAGACAUACGGGCACAAUUCUGCGGGCCGAGGUUCGAGGCCGAAAUCGACCAGACGGUAGAGACCAUGAUUGAUUGGAUCAGAGAUCUGAAGAGUAGCGAUUCAAUGGCUAUGUGGUGUUGGAAUGUUUUGCAAGCUAUAUAUCACCUUGAGUUGUGAAGGCUGAUGAAAGAUAACGACAACCGAUAUGAUAUACACGUGUUAUGUGUGGGAAAAGGCGUAGAAGGGACUUACAUGAGAAUAUCUAGUCAUGAGGUGUACAACUGCGGGUAGCAGAGGAAUGGCGUUUCGACACACCAGCUGAUUAGAGCGUUUCCGGGUACACU